AUGCAAUGUCCGAGUCCACGUGGCUUUGACUGUUUUUUCUUUUCGGACGUUUCAAGAUUCUGGCCACUCUGUUGAGAUCAUUCAAUUGAUCCUCUUCGUCGGAACCACUGUUGACUCGAACUCGCAAGAGGUAUCUGCAAGAUGGGACACAAUUCAGAUAAGAUGUAUGUGACUCACUCGGAGCACGCUUCGGGGAGUCACACGGCCUCGUCUACCGGAAAGCGAAUGGAAUCUGGAAAGUCGGAAUUCCAGAGACUGCCAUUCGACUGCUGCGCUCUAUCUCUGCAGCCAUUCAAAAAUCCAGUCGCCGUCAUUGCCGAUACUGGACCCGAUGAAACACCUCGCGCAGAUCUGUUCGACCUCUUGAACAUUGUUCCAUAUGUUCGUAAAUUCAAGUCGAAUCCGGUAUCUGGAAAGCCAUUGGAAACCACUCAGUUGAUCAAGCUGAACUUUUUCAAGAACUCUGAAGGAAACUACCACGAUCCCAUCACUUACAAAGUCUUUUCUCCGCAUAUACAUAUUGUGUUCCUCAAAACCACCGGCAACGUCUUCGACAUGGCCUCUCUGCAAUUAUUAGCGAUCAAGCCAAAGACGUGGAGGGACCUGGUCAAUGACGAGCCCUUCAAGAGAGAGGACAUCAUCACCAUUCAGGACCCGUCUAAUUUGGCAUCGAGGGAUUUGAGAGAGUACGACUAUGUUAAGAAGGAUCUCAAGGUCAACGACGAUGACAUGGCUGGCGACCCGCUCAAGGGUAUCAACGUUGAGGCCGCUGGCGGUGCAGGAAAGGUUUUGAGGAUGAUUGCGGAGCAGACUCGUGCGGAGCAAGAACCUACCCCGAUAGCUUCGUCGAGCAGCCCCAAACCAAAUGCCGCGGAGAAGGAAGGCAUCGUCGCGAAACGCAAGAUUGAGCGACUAGCUUAUAAUGCCUCAAAUUACUCGACUGGCAAGGCGGCCGCUUCGUUUACCUCGACGUCCAUGACACCAGAGACAAAGAGCGAGCGGGCCAUGUUCGACGAAGAGGAAUUCAUGUUUGAAGAAAUGAAGAAACCUACAAAGGAAAAGGAGAGACUCAAAUGCAAAGCCUACGCCACUAUCAUGACCAAUUACGGUGGACUCAACGUGGAGUUGCACGGAGAUCGUGCUCCCAAGACUGUGUACAACUUUGUCCAGCUAGCCAAGCAGGGCAAGUACGAUAACGUCAUCUUUCACAGGUUGAUCCCGGGAUUCAUGGUACAAGGUGGAGAUCCUACUGGAACUGGGAGAGGCGGUAAAUCGUUCUGGGGGGAGCCAUUCAGGGACGAAUUCAGUGAGAAAGGAGCCUACAAGCAUGGAUCUCGGGGGGUCUUGUCCAUGGCCAACAGCGGUCCUCGAUCCAACACAUCUCAAUUCUUCAUCACGUUCCGACCGACACCUCAUCUCGAUGGCAAACAUACGGUAUUUGGCAAGCUAGUCGGCGGUGAAAAGGUCUUGAAUACGAUUGAAAAGAUCAAGGUACGACCAAAUUCCGAUAGACCCACAAAGGACGUGAUCAUUACCGGCGUUCAAGUCCUAACGGACCCUUUCGAAGCGUAUCAAGAACGACUUCAGGCCCGUUUAGCGAGGCAGGAUCAGAGUGAUGAGGCGCUGAAGCGGCGUGCAGAAGCAGCGGCGGAGCGAGAAAAGGAUAGAACGACGUGGUUAGGAACAAAUUUGGGGGAAAAGGGGGAAACAAGAUACGCGAAAGAGGAGCGGAAACGGAAAGAGAGAGAUGACGAAGGGGCAGUUGGCAGAUACCUCCAGGCUGGGAACGGAGUAGGAUCACAAGUGCAGCAGCCGCCGCCUAAAGCUCCUCCGCAAACGUUGGAAUUUGGAGUGGAGAAGAAAAAGCAGAAAUCUGGAGGGUUUGGAGAUUUCUCUGGGUGGUGAUGACCGUUGUUUCUUUGCAUGUUGUACAUGGUGUAUCGUAUCUCGCGAG